AUGUGCGGUACACAACAUUAUAAUCGUCCAACUAACAUGACAACAACGGCCGAACAACGACAAGAAUGUCUGGACGUGAUUCUGCCAAUUUCAGUUGAGGUAAAUUGUGUUUUUUGGCUUUCAUAUCGUUUUAGAUGGACUUUCAUAAUUUUUUUUUGAGUUUGUUUGUUGUUUUAUUUGUUGAACUUGUUGAUUAAAUUGUUUUAGAACGUAAUACAAACAUGUUUAACUCAUUUUGACUAUGAGAAUGCUGUGAUCUUGGCUGAAGUGCUCUAUGCCAAAGGUAAGUUAUUGUUUGCUUGAUGUUCUUUGAGUUUUAGGUUUAAUCGAUUCGUUAAAAAUAAUGAACAAGUUGCUUUUAAGGAUAUAAAGUAUAAACUUAUGAGUUACUCAGCCGCUCAACUUUUUUUUGUUAAAACUGACAGGCUUUUGAGCAAGUUUUAGAUACUAUCAGUCAUAGUUUUAUUCUAGAUUACUAUUGCGGUUAAUAUAUUGUUUUGUAGCUCAUGUAACCUUGGUUUUCUUUCAGAAAAGUCAGAUUCAGCACUAUUAUUGUAUGCGCAAUGUUUGAUGCGAUGGAACAAGACCUCGGCCGCGUAUGAACUUUUAAAACGUGAAGGAUACAAUAGAUGUGGACAAGCGAGAUAUAUCUACGCAAAAUGUGCAUAUAUGUUAAGGAAGUAAGUGGUUUUUAUUAGUUUUUGUUGAAUUAGGGUAUUUUAAGGGAAAGCAGAGCGUAUUGAGUAUAAACUCAAGGAGUAUGCUAAUAUUAGUUAAGAAAGUGAUGGAAAAAGUUCUUAUUAAGGUGCAUUAUAGUCGCAGAAUGUUAUAUGCUUAAUUAGAAGUAUGAAAGCGUAAAAAAUAGGCUUUAUGAACAUGCAACAACAAGUCUACUACAACAUUUUUUAUUUUUCAGGAUUGACGAAGCAGAAACAGCGCUACGGGCCGAAGGAUCGUCAUAUAACAAUGUGCAAAUUCAUGAAUCGUUUGACGAAGCAACACAACCUUUUGCUCACAAGCUUUUGGGUCAAGUUUACACCGAAAUAGGGCGAUUGGAUCUAGCCAGAGGACAUUAUACAUUAUCGUUGGUUGGUAAUCCAAUAUUGUUUGAUACGAUGCAACUUUUUGGUCAACUUGGAGGAGAAAGUGUGCCAAAACUAUUUUCAACAUUGUCGGACGAGAACGAGGCGUGUCCAAUCAAGUUGUUGAGGAGGUAUAACGAAAGGAUUCAAAGGUAUAAUAAUAUAAGGGAAACUGAGGUUAUUUUGUGAAACUGGGGGAUAACAUAAUUGUUUUAGCUAAAAUAUUUUUUGUUUGGAUAUUUUAUAAUUUGUUAUAUGGUUUACUAUUUCUGCUUCUUUUCUUCAAGCACUUUACGAAUGUCUACCUCUUUACACUACGAUUAAUUUUACGUUAUCUAUAUUGCUUUCAGAGUUCGUAGCCGUUGCCUGAACGUUCCACUAGCUCCACAAAAAGCUGUCAUUUCUCCAGUCUCUCCAAUUCGACCUCCAUCACAAACGAACAUGUUAAUAAAGAAACGACGACCACCUACAUCAAUAUCUCAACCCACAAGGCAUAGUGUCAGUCCUCCGAGAACAAAGAAGUCGACAAACGCAGACAAGGCAUGUGUGGAGUUUAUGCUACAGCUGAGUGAAGCCGUUCACGCCUUUUCCUUAUACAGAUGUGACGAAGCGCUACAGAUCCUGAAUCAAUGUUCGAUGGUGUUCAGGCCGUUGAGUAUCGGUUUGAGGUUACGAGGGAUUGUGCUGUUCGAAUUGAGAGAUUAUGCCAGGAGCUCUGAAGUGUUAUUGGAGCUGAGGAGGGUGUUUCCCAGCAGAAUCGAGGUAAAUGUUAUGUUCUUUGGAGGUUUUGUGCAUAUUAAUAUAAUUUUGGUUAAUUUUUUGAUAAAAUAUGCAGGUUUACAUUAUUGGUGUGAAUAAUGUAGUUUUACUAACUACUUGUAGAAGGCAAUAACCUUUUUUUAAGGGCAUGGAAUCUUUGUCAACAGCCCUAUGGCAACUCCAAAACCACCACCAACUCUCGGCGCUGGCAGCAGACCUCAUCAACACGAAUCGUGACAGUGCUAUCACCUGGUGUGUAGUAGGCAACUCAUUAUCACUCGAAAAACAUCACGAAGCAGCGGUAGAGGCAUUUGAACGAGCAAUCCAAAUCAACCCUAGAUUCGGCUACGCGUACUCACUGCUUGGCCAUGAACUGAUCGAUCUGACAAAACUGGAUCGAGCCUUGGAAGCCUUCAAACAAGCUCACAUCCAUUCACCAAACGACUACAGGGCGUUGUACGGAGAAGGGCUGGUUCACUUCAAGAAUGAAAAGUUUGAUCAUUCGUUGGUGGUAUUUAAGAAGGCAGUCAAGAUCAACCCAAGGAAUGUGACAUUGUUAUGUCAGUUGGCUAUUGUGGAACAUGCAUUGAAGAGGAAUAAUGAGGUAGGUGACCGGAUUAUGAAUUACGGGGAUUUAUGAAAUUUGUGGUAAAAUGGCAAGAACUUUCUUUACAAAACGACAAGUCGCAAGAACUUCCCUUACAAAACAAAAAAAGGCAAUAACCUUUAAAAAAUUUACUUGAAGUGUAAAAUCACAUUGAUUUUCAGGCUAUGGAACACCUUCGCCGAGCUUUGGAAAUCGAGCCGAACAGCAUUGCUUCUCGAUACCACAAGGCCCGAAUCCUCUUCGAUCAACAACAAUAUAAGGAGGCCGAAAAGGAACUGAACGACCUCAAGAACCUGAGCCCAGAUGAAGCACAUGUGUUCUUCUUGUUGGGCAGAGUUCAUCGACGUCUCGGAGACCAACAUCGUGCCAUGUUGAACUUCAGCUGGGCCACCGAGAUCGACCCCCGCGGCGAGCAGAAUCAGUCCACAGUAUCAGAUGGGCCAUACGAUGAUGAUGCUGUGGAUCAGAAUGAUACUGACAGGAAUUGA